CCACGGCAGCCUCUUCAUUCUCCGUCAUCCUUUGAGCUCGUCGCCGAUCCUCUCUCCUCCCGCCGCUUUUCUAUCCACCAGCAUCCUCCACCCCGCCUGCAAAAUCUACUGCCGGCACUGCAACAAAAACUGCCUCCUUCAGAAACUUAGCUUGGUUACACAGUAGGACAGCCACCGGGGUUGGGCAUCUGGCGAUUUACACAUACCUCUCACAGUCCAAAACCUCAGAAUUCAUCAAGUAGAUCGAUCUGCAUUGUCGCCCUCCGAAUCAUGGCUUUAGGUUUUGCCAUCGGAGUCUUCGGUGUUCUCAUUCUUUUUCACGCCGCUCAUUCAACCAUCCAAUAUAGGGGUUUGCUCAAGAUCACCGAAGAAGAGUUUUCAGGGCCUCCCUUCAAUGUAAUAAUUACUCUUUCAUCUUUGAAUCUUCUUGCAAUGAUGCGUUUUUUAUUAUCCAAUUUAUGGUUUUUGGGAUCGCAGGUGGUAACUGAGCUAUCUCUGGGGCUAGUUCUUUGUAUGUGGGCUGCGUUAACUGUGCCGGGGAAGUUUCUGUCCAUACACCCAGAUUCUGAGGAGAAUAGGAUUGUUUCUUUGCCUGCUAACCUUGACUUCAUGAUCUUCAACCACCGAGGCAAGGUCUUCCCCGUGGAAAUGGAUUUGAAGCUGAAACAAUGAUGACUUUAGGAUAUCCCUCUUUUGAGGAUUAAAGAUAUUUUCCCCGGAACAUUUUAGAAUUUUGGAUUUGAAUUUUAUAAUGUCAUUGGUUUAUCUAGGUCUCUUUGCACCUUCCUUUUGUAGCUUAUAUAUACUUCAGAUUCCUGUACUGGCCGCUUAGCACUUACUGAUAAUGUUGACAUCAUAUUAUCACUUAAAUCAUUAUGAAGAAAUAGCUUGCACUUUAACCUU